GUAGGCACGGCGGCGUUUGCUGUCAAAAAAAAAAAAUGGCGACUAUAUCAGAAAUGUACGAUGUGGGUUGGGAAGAGAUGAGAGACAAGCUGCGUAAAUGGAGAGAAGACAACUGCAGGAACAGUGAGCAAAUUGUGGACGUUGGCGAAGAGCUGAUCAGUGAACAUGCAUCUAAACUGGGAGAUGACGUAUGGAUUAUUUAUGAGCAGGUGAUGAUUGCAGCGCUGGACUGCAGUCGAGAUGACUUGGCUCUGACCUGUCUACAGGAACUGAGGAAGCAGUUUCCAGAUAGCCACAGAGUGAAGCGAUUAUCAGGCAUGAGGCUGGAAGCGUUGGAAAGGUACGAUGAAGCCAACAAGCACUAUGAAGCCAUCCUCCAAGACGACCCCACCAAUACGGCAGCGAGGAAGCGCAAGAUCUCCAUACUGAAGGCCCAGGGGAAGAACGCCGAAGCCAUCCGGGAGCUCAAUGAGUAUCUGGAGCAGUUUGUUGGGGAUCAAGAAGCGUGGCAUGAGUUGUCGGAGCUCUACAUCAACGAACACGACUACGGAAAAGCAGCGUUUUGUCUGGAGGAGCUGAUGAUGACCAACCCUCACAAUCACUUGUACUGUGAGCAGUACGCCGAGGUGAAGUACACUCAGGGGGGGCUGGAAAAUCUGGAGCUGUCCAGGAAGUAUUUUGCGCAGGCGCUGAGGCUGAACAACCGAAACAUGAGGGCAUUGUUUGGGCUGUACAUGUCUGCAAGUCACAUCGCUGCCAGUCCAAAAGUUAGUGCCAAGGUGAAGAAGGACAAUAUGAAGUACGCUUCCUGGGCUGCCACGCAAAUAAAUAGAGCCUAUAAGCUGGCCGGUCGCGGCACCAAGGAGAGCAAAUGCUCCAUGAAGGCGGUAGAGGAGAUGCUGGAGUCCAUGCAGAUCACCAUGUCCUAGAUGUCCUCGUCUAGCUCCGCCCCCGCCCUCCUGUUCACACACAGCCACUCGGAGAGACACGGCAGCUCAAAUAGCCUUGCAAUGUGACCGGAACCGGAUCUCUUUUUUUUAAAUAAAUGUUCUUCCCCCUUGUU